AUGUCGAAAGUUCUGGUUUCUUUGAUUGGGAAGAGGGUGCUAGGUGAAACCGCAAAGAAUCACUUCGGCACUGAGGACCCCUACUUCGAAGAAGUACCUGCGUCACGCCUUGGUCGCACUUUUGGCAAAAAGACACAAAAGCGUCGCAAGGCCAACCCGCCGGGCCUCUCGGAAAACGAUACCAAGGUCCUAACCAAAGUCAAGCGCAGAGCCUAUCAGCUGGACUACGCACUUUGCAAUCUGUGUGGUAUCCGCUUCGGUUGGGGAAGUGUGAUCGGUCUUGUUCCAUUUAUUGGCGACGCUGGCGACGCUGCACUCGCAAUGAUGGUUGUUAGAUCCUGCGGAGAGAUCGAUGGCGGACUUCCUGCGGCUUUGCGGAUGAAGAUGGUGAUCAACGUGGUUAUCGACUUCUUUAUUGGUCUCAUUCCUUUCGUCGGCGAUGUUGCGGAUGCAGUGUACAAAGCCAACACCCGAAACGCUGUCCUUCUUGAGGCCCACUUGCGUCAAAAGGGUAACAAAGCGGCGUCGAAUCUUGGCAGAAGGCAAGAGCAAACAAUUGAGGUCGAUAAUAGUCUCCCCGAGGCUUUUGAUAGGCAGGAGGGCGGAGUGGUGAGCGACAGACCACCGGCAUAUGACAACGUUCAACCAUCAGGCCAUGGGGGAAGGAGUGAUGCUGCCCCCGAGCCUCCAACCAAGCCCCAGCCAGCCACACAGCCUCGAACUAACCGCUCCUUUGGCAGAUGGUUUGGUGGAGCGGGUCAUCCAGAACAUGACUUGGAACGAGGCGGGGCGAAGUAA